AAACAGAGAGACAAAAGUCCCGAGCCACUGGAGAUUCAGCUGCCAAACAUCGAACUCAGUGGCAACCCGUCUGCAUUCUCGGUGUUUGCAAACGUCCGCUACUCGGUAUUGGAACACUGUAUCAAGGAGGCAGCAUGGAUGUUUCACCAGGUGAACGGUGUGCCGACGUCAGACUCGGAGGAGGAAGAAAGCGAAGACAUCGUAAAAGAUGGCCAGUUACUUCAGAUACCAAAGAUUGUUGGUAUGGGUCUCAAUGUGGUGUUUGAACUGGUGCGAGAAACUCAGAAACAAUAUCCAGAACUUUGUGUGAAGGCCUUAAAAGCUCUUCUGGACCUUCUGCAAGGACAGUUACCAGAAAGCAUGAAAGGAGAACCAGCAGAAGUUUUAGAUGGAAUGUUUCAACUGAUGAUGGACCUAACGACAGGUCAGGGCUUGAAUAACAUCUCAUUAGAGCUUAGCAACACAUUGACGUCGCUUGCCUGUGCAGCGCUCAUCAGUUUGGUGAUAGCAUGGGGCGAUACCGGCAAGUACCUUUCUGCCAUUGGUGUCAUGCUCAUGAACACGAAUCCAGUGUGUGGCCAAACAAUUCCGGUAUCUAACAUUCUUACCUCCCUACAAAAGAGUGUUCAUGCUGUGUUACAUGGUAAAGCGCAGUUACCAGAAUGGUUGAGUCAAGGUGUAAAAGUUAAGGCGUUGGCUGCUUCUUUCAAAUUAGACAGUGUGUCUCGACAGAAGAUUUCUGCUACAUCACCUUGUGCCCUAGCCAGUGAUGGCUGUUACCUUUAUGUUCUUAAUAAACAAGGUUUAUCAAAAGUUGGUUCAGGAUUUGGAGGCACAAUCAAGGGUCAUGUGUACAGUUGCAAAGAGAAUUUCCAUAAUGGCCGUGGUUGGUUAGCAUAUGCUGGGGAAUAUUUAUUUUUCCACCCUUGCAAUGAAAACAAGAGAAUCUUGUACAUAGUAAAUCCUUUUUCUCUUGAAAUCGAAGGCCGUGUACAGUUACAAGAUGUUUCUCUAGGAUCAUCAGUCCUUUUUAGUGAUGGUCAGAAUAUUGGACAAAUAGCUGCUACAAAAGAUGAUAGUUUUGUUGUCCGAACCUAUGACCCGAACAAAUCUCCCAUGACAUUGGUCAGCGAGGUUCCUCUCAAGUUGGCCAGAAAGUGUAUGGAUGCAUUUGGGAUGUCAAGCUUUGACUCAGACUCUCAUCGGCACUCAAUAAAUACUGGUUUUGAUGAAGAAGCGGUAACGAUAUCAGCUGGUAAAGAAUUUGCACUCAUCCGAACCGUCAGUGGUAAGGUCUUGUACUCUGGCAAAUCACAGUCACUAGGUAUCAAGCAAGGUGGGCCCGUGGCAGGGAAAUGGGCUGAGUUAUCCAUUACAAAAUCUCCAAAAAUUGUCCAAGUUGCUACAGGUCAUGACAGUCAGCAUGCCCUGCUCAUAGCUGAUGAUGGGAGUGUCUUCUUUGUGGGGACGCCCCGACGGGGUGAAGAUGGUGACAGUAGCAUUGCCAAAGUUCGUCGACAACCAAAAGCAAUGAAGCCCAAGAAACUGAUCCGAAUGGAGAGUAAGAAUGUGAUAUUUGGUGCCUGUAACAAUGGCAGCAGUGCAAUGGUAACAAAAGAAGGGGAGGUGUUCAUGUAUGGAAAAGACACAACGCAUUGUGAUCAUGCUAGUGGCCAUGUGACUGACUUGAAAGACGUUGUGGUCACUCAGGUGUCAUUAGGAAAAGCACACACUGUGGUACUGACCAGUAAAGGACUUGUAUAUACAUUUGGAAUAAACAACAAGGGUCAAUGUGGCAGGGAAUAUUCACCAGGAACCACCAAAGAAGGGAGUUCCAAUGUCAAUAUGGCUGAAGAAGAGGAGGAGGGGGAACAUGAAGAUGUGAUUUGUCCACCAGGUAAACAUCGCUGGCGGCACGAUCAGUGUAUGGUGUGUACCGUAUGUGGCGAGUGUACAGGCUAUGGUGUCAAUUGUAUUAGCAGUGGUCGAUUUGAUCGGAACCCAGGCCUACCCUGUGGUUGCGGUGCUGGGGAUUCAGGCUGUGCAGAAUGUGGUGCAUGCAAAAGUUGUGCAGGGGAGAGCGAAAUAUCUGACCAACUGAAUGACCGAGGUCUCAAGGACGUCUCCAACAAACCCGACCAUCCUGUUUCAUACGAUCUCAUAGCCGGAGGACGUCCCGGUGUGAAACCUCUCGAGCAGAUUGGAAAACGAAUCGAGAAAGUUGAGCGUGUUCCAAAGUCGAAAAGCAAAGGAAUGAAGCAGAUCAAAUUUCGAGGUGAAGUUGAUGAACUGGAAACAGACUAUUCAAAAAUGGUUAGUCUUCCACCUGCUGAAAUUCUGGUUGGUGACGGUGAUAUUCCAGUCACACAUGUGUCUUGUGGACAGCAUCACACAGUGGUACUGCUUCAGAAUGGUGAUGUGUAUACUUUUGGUAGCAACCAAUACGGUCAACUUGGUGUCGGAGAUGUUGCUGUACGAGGUGUACCUACCAAAGUCCUGUUGCCAAUAUCAGCUGUCCAAGUGGCAGCUGGAAGCAGUCAUACAGUGAUAUUACUAGCAAAUGGCCAAGUGUAUACGUGUGGCAGUUAUCAGAAAGGAGCUUUAGGUCGUGUAUGUCCUGAAGAUGGUGGAGUGAAGGAUAAGAGCCAUCCUUGGUAUACAGUUCCUGGACCUGUUCCUGGCAUUGGUGCUCGAUACGGUCGCCGUUCCACUUGGAUUGGUGCCAGUGGUGAUCAGACGUACAUGAGAAUUGAUGAAUCUUUGAUCAAUGCUCACACACUCACUAGCUGUAACAUCUUUGCCAAUCAAUCUUGUAUUGGCUUAAUUCCUGUUAAUGAAGACAGUGGCUGUACUAUGAAGUGUCUGAUGAUUAGUAAACAUGAUGGCUGUUGUAAAAGUUUCAGUUCGGCUGAUCAAGAAAACCUGUUUCACCAUGCUGUAUGUCUAGAUCCAGUGUAUGACACUCUUUGGAGUUAUUCUCCCAGCAAGAAUUUGAUCAAUUGCUACAUGGUAUUGCUUCCUGAGGCCCGUCCUCUUUACAGCAUCGACUCCAGCUUCUGUAACAUCCUCAGUCCCGAAAUGUAUAUACCUACAAGAGCUAGUUCCUAUUCCACAAGGUCACAUUGUUCAUUGCACAUGCUUGCUUGUCUCGAUACAUUGACCACUGCCCAACAGCUACACUUGGUGGUGUACGAAGAGACGAAGGAGAAGAGGGCGGCCACCAAGGAUUACACCAAAGAAGACUUUUCAAUUAUUAACAGAUUUGAUAGUCAUGGAGGUGGUUGGGGUUAUUCGGGCCAUUCAGUUGAAGCUAUUCGCUUUAUGUCUGACACCGAUAUACUAUUGGGUGGCUUUGGCUUGUUUGGAGGCCGUGGAGAAUAUUUUGGACGAAUCAAGCUGUUUGAACUUGGCUUUGAUGGUGCUGACAAGGAAGAAGAUGGAACUCUGUUAGCAGAAACUGAAGAAAUUCCGUUUGAAUGUGCUGCCAGAGAAACCUAUGCAAUGUUAUUUUAUGAGCCAGUAUCUCUCCAGGCUAAUAUAUGGUAUGUGGCUUGGGCUAGGAUAUCUGGACCAAGUAGUGACUGUGGAUCAAGUGGGCAGGCUGUUGUCACUACAGAAGAUCAAGUGGUGUUUAAAUUCAAGAGUUCAAAGAAAUCCAACAAUGGAACCGAUGUGAAUGCUGGACAGAUCCCGCAGUUACUUUACAGAUUACCAUCACCAGACAGACAGUCAAUUCCUCGAAAAGCUGAACAUUUAGAGCCUGCUCAUAUAUUAACUCAAGACUUCAGCAGAACUGUAUCACCUAGUUGCUUCGAUGCCUUAUUAAAUCUCUUGGAGUGGGCGUGGUCUUCCUUCCAUUCUUCCGCUGCUGAACUUGACGGACUGAAAGGAAUUAGCCGUUCAGCACUAGUCUCCGAUCUCCAAAGAUUUGUCUACAUCUGCAAAGCUUGCCUUCGUCUCAUUAAAAUUUACAUUAAUGAGGUGUUCUCUGAUGGAGCUGUCAGCAAAAAAACCAUACCAGAAACCAUGAAAUUGGCUGAAGGUGUUGGCAACUCCAGAGAUUUGCUUCGCAAGAUUCUUGCUGAAGAGGUCCGUCCUUCGAAAGUUAGGCUUUCACUCUCCAACCCACCAACAAGUCCCGAAUUUCGGCAGAUGGCCGAAGAAAUCCUGUCUGCAUGCCAUGACACUUUUACCGGAUGUUUCCAUGCCUUUUAUCCAACUGCUAACCUGAAAUGGCUGUGUUUAUGUGAUCUGCUGGUUAUGUUGGAACCGGGAAUGAGCAACAUGGAUGGGUAUGGUCGUCUUCUGGCUGCAAUUAUGGAGGCCCUCACUCACCCAACCAUCAAACUGACCAAUAUUAUGCCCAUCAAUUGCGAGCCAGAAACUGAAGAGAUACUCCGUCGACAGUCCAUUAGCAUUGAUGACAACACCAACAGCGCAGCACGCCUGGCCGAGUCACACAGAUUUCCGAUCCUAGUCGAUCACAUGACCUAUCGCACAGAGGUGGAAGGUAUUGGCAGUGGCCACACGUCGUUUAAGGAGGUCCUCGACAGACUACUGCUGAUAGCAACCGUGCCGAUACGCCAGGCCCUUAACAAGGAGCCAGCCAGUUACCCCCAGAUAUUGGUGACGAACACUUGUGCCUUGCUGUCAUGUCUGAUUAGUGAGCUGGCAGCGUCAGCCACUGGAUCUGAGCUCGAUCUGGCCAGUACCUCUAGGCCUUUGUUGGUCACUCCUAACCGUUUCACUCGAACCAUCCAUGGAGCAUAUUGGAACACAGGCAAUGGAAGUCCUGAUGCUGUGGCGUUCAGUGUUGACAGGCCGGGCAUCCUAAUUGCUGGCGUCUACGUCUAUGGAGGAAGUGUAGUUGGCGGCCAGUACGAAUACGAGUUGGAGCUCUUGGAUGAUCAAAGUGAAGGUCAUAGUGAUCCAAGUCAGUCACAUACCAGUCGAUGGAAUAGUAUCGAGAUUGUCAAGGGUUCAUAUGGCCCUGAUGAUUGUGUUAAUGACAUUGCUGAGAUAAAGUUUGACCGUCCUGUACCAAUCAAGGAAGGGGUCAAGUAUGCUGUCCUUUUAAGGAACCAUGGUCCACGUACCCUGAAUGGCGAUGGAGGUUUAAGCCGAGUGAAAUGUCCUGAUGGUACCACCUUCACAUUUACAUCCUGUUCCCUCAGCAGUAAUGGUACUAACCACAUGCGUGGACAGUUGCCUCAAAUCGUCUAUUAUAGUGCUUCUCAAGAUGGUGAAUUCCAGCAACAUCAAUCAAAAGUCCUUGCCGAGAUGCAGGCUCGGAAGGAUGCUAUAGGGAUUACCAAUGCUAUCUGUCGGUCAGCCAUUGAUAUUCUUCAUAGAGCUCGAGGAAUUUCAUCUGAAGAAGCGAAAGAAAUUUUGGGUGAAUCUCCAAUGUUUUCAUCAUUGUUACCUUUGGUAUUGGCCUACAUUGGACCUGUUGCCACGCAAGACCCAAGGGGUGCUGUACAGAUAUUAGGACUGAUCCAUGAUGUGUUACCUGCAGUCGUAGCCUUAAACAGCCAGAAUGUGCUCACAUCCUACGCUGGCCAUCAAGAUGGAAUGUUAUCAGAAUCUGACACCUGUGGUACCAAUCAGCAUUAUUGUCUCAUUGAAAGUGACCAUCCUUACAAACCAGCUACUGUGGCAAAUUACAAGGUGUGCUUCCCAAGCACCGUCCGAUGGAUGGUGCUGGAAUUUGAUGUACAGUGUGGCACCGCACAGGCUGAGGACACUCUGCAACUGUACAUCCCAAGUCGGGUCAAAGAAAACAGUCUUUGUCCACUGACCGGCCAAGAAGAGGAGGAAGAGCAACAAUCAACAUCGGUGUUAUGGCCAGUUCUGAAGAAAUUCCAUGGCAACAACUGGCCAAAAGCUGCUGUCGUUUUACCUGGGAAUGAAGUAACUUUUUCACUGGAAAGUGCCUCGGAUUAUGUUAAAGAUGAGAAGGCUUGCUUCUUUGGCUUCAAGUGUAUGGUAACAGGCUAUGAAUGGAGUAGUAAACCUGAAGAAGCUGUGUUCCACUUGGAGAGAGAAUUAUCUUUCCUUGGUGGUAUGUGUGCCUCCGCCUUAAUGAGAAAAGACCUGACACUUCCUGCAGGAGCUGAAGAUAUUGAUGAAGAUUUAGACUCUGUAGAAGAAGGGGCUCAGUUGGUAUUCAAUGCUCAUUCAACCCUCCUAGAUAAAGGAUUUGCACUCUCCCACCCUCCAACAAUAAUGCAGGCCCUGGAGGGUAACCUUCCCUUCAGCUGGCAAUCAAACGAGAGGUCGUUCCUGAAGGACUUUGUUGCCUGCAAACCUGGAACCAGUGGUGGACGUUUGGCACGUUGGCUACAACCAGACUCUUAUGUGGACCCGCGUCAGUGUGAGGUGAUCUACAAUAAGGAAGAGUUGAAGUGCAGCUGGCCUGCCAUUCUCACUGUCCUCACCAAAGACCAGUAUGGGCAGGUGGUACAUGUACCUAACCUCAAGGUGGAAGUUCGAGCAAUACCGAUUGAUUUGAAGGAAACCAGUGGAGACGACUUCAAGAAAAUGAGGCGCUUAAGCAAGCAGGAUGACGGGGACAUGACAUUUGGUGGGCACCUGCCUCCACCACUGGAUAUACCAUAUGAAGUAACAGUGAAAGACAGAAAAGACAUCUUCCAUUCAAUCUGUAUGAUGAAGGUGUAUGAAAACUAUUCAUUUGAGGAGUUGCGUUACGCGGCCCCGGCUGUGCCACGCCCCAGCGAGAACAUGCUAGUUCGUUCUAGUAAUGAUGGCUCCUACAACUGUAACUGGACCCCAGGCAGUGUUGGCUUUUACAACAUCUAUGUUACAGUUGAUGGCUUCGAUGCAGGAGAAUCGUUCAAAGUCGAUGUCCGUGAACCCCCUCAAGGAGUUACUCCACCAUUACAGGCAGGCAAGAAAUCACAUCAACCUAACAAGAUGCGUCGAUUUGUUGGGAAAAACAGCUCAGGUCUUCGUAUUCGUAUCAACCCAUCUCUACAAAGUGAGCAGAUAGGAACUAUCAAGCCUGAUGGAACCAUUUCUUUUGUAGAUGAGAUUCACAAUGACGAUGGUGUCUGGGUGAGACUUAGUGGGGAGAGCAUAAAAGAAUGGUGUGGUGUGAAUGGCUUCACUGAAGCCUGGUGUCUGCAGUAUAACCAACAUCUUGGUAAAACUCUGCUUAUUCCCAUUGAAGAACCAAAAUCCAUUCUUGAUGAAAUUAUCAAAGAAACUUUGCUGAGGAAAAUACCAGAAUUUGUGCAAGAAUCCAGAAUUCGUAAAGGUGGACCUGGUGGCUAUCAGGUGGUCAAAUGUGGCUCUUCAGGCCACAACAUUAGAUGUCGGCCGAGUAAGAAAGCCACACCAAUAGGAAUGUUAGUUCUAGGUAACCAGCUCACAGCAACAGAGGAUACCACAAACCAUGAUGGCACUUGGGUAAAGCUGGACACUGACAGCAUAUCCCACUAUUGUCAUCUAACAGAAAGAGAAGCCUGGUCACUGGCUCGUGAUCGCGACGACAUAGUCUACUUGGAACAUGAAGCCAAUUUAUCCUUCAACGAAAGCUUUGGCAGAAGAAACCCUUUCACAUUCAAUACCUUCCCCACCAAUUCUGCUAAAGGAUUCGACUUUUCCAUGGCCCAGUACAACACUUUACCGAUGUUUGGCCAGAAAAGUGAUGGUUUUGGUCGUAGCUCAAGCUGGCCUGCACGGAUGUUCUCAUUUGGACCUACAGGUUUCUCCGGAAACGAUUCCACAGUAUUUGGUCAAAAACCUCAGCAAUACACGCAUGAGCGAAGUUCCAGCUUCGGUGCCAGCUGGUACGGAGGGGGAGGAGGGGGUGGAGGAAACUCCUCCGACCAGUUCAAUGGGCCAGUAUUGUGUCGCGCGGAUGGAUUCUUGGGUGACACCAAACAGACUGGCUUAUCUUUCAUGGCAACGAAGGAACACAACGACUAUGCGAACAGCCGACAAAAUUCUGGCGGCGGAAGCUAUAAAAGCUCUGGCAGUAUGGGUGGGUCAAAGUCUGUGAAAACAUCAGAAAUGAAUGGAAGCAUGCCAACGCCUGGUUCACAGAAGUCCACCAAGAAAGAAACACCUUCCUCUUCAGAGGUCAACUCUGAAUUACAAGGUUUCUCUGUGAAAGAACUUGUCAAAGCUCUAGAGAAAGAAACUCUUAAAAGUUCAACCUUACCGCAAGCCUGUCUGGUGAAAAUCCCAGCAGAAAAUGGUGAAACUAAGCGCCUAGCUGCUCCUCUACUAACAAAUGUGAAGACCCUCUCUGGAGGUAAGAUAAAAAUGGAUCGGGAGUCAAGUAAAAAUCGUGACAAGUUGCAGGAGAAAGUUUCCACGAGCUCUAAGUCAUCAUCUUCUUCAUCGUUGUUGUCAUGUGGCCCAUGUGGUAUCAACCCUCAUAGGCUAGCCUCUAUUGUAGGGUCUUCCCGACACGGAUCUCCUAUGCGGAUUUCCCAGAAAGAGGAAAACAGCAGAAAGGAGGGCAAAGAGCAGGUGGUGGUGAUAAAGGAGGAUUUGCCCUCCGCAGCAGUACCAGCUAGUGCUUUUGCUCAGAGAGCACUGCGGGGAAACUUGCCCCGGGAACCCAGCGUGGAGAGAGCGGUAUCGGAAAGUCCUGUCUCUGAUCACUCACGCCAGUUGUCACCAGUUAGAUCAAGUCGAGACCCAAGCAGUAGUCCUGCUCCUAGUCCUACACCACAACAACAACAACAACAACAACAACAGCAGCAACAGCAACACAACUCCGGGCCCAGUAGUCUCGGACAUGGAGCAAGCCCACCUUCAUCAGGUUCUGCCUCACCUCAACUUGGAGGGCCUACUGUCACAACUGUUCCAAACGCAGCACCAGUCGCAGUAGCAGCAGCAGCAGCAGCAGCAGUAGCACCAGUGGUGCCACCUGGAGGCAGCACAUGUGAGGCGGCAAUCAAACCCACUUUCAAUAUCGGUGCAGUCUCACCAAAAGAUGAUACAAUCAGGUUAUCUCCAAAAGCUAUUCGCAAAGACAGGGGUCGACAGUUGAGAAACAAACGAGAACGAGCAGCAUCACCAUCACCAAGGGAGACCACUCCGAUCAAUAGGAGUCGCUCUGGUUCAGCCACCAUGAUCUUUGAGAGGACCCGUGAGCCGGUGAAGGAAGCUCUCUCACCGUCUGUUGCCGAAUGUCUCCGUGCUGUCUACGCCGCUUUUCUGUGGCACGAAGGAAUCGUGCAUGAUGCAAUGGCCUGUGCAUCUUUUUUGAAAUUUCAUCCAAAUUUAUCUAAGGAAAUGUCUCAAGUUGACGACAAAAAGUCAGAGAAAACGAAAGUCCGUCAGCCAGCUGAAUCGUCGAAAGAAAUCAAAAAGGAACCGUCCAAGAAGGGAGACAAUUUGAACGAGACUCGUGUUAGGUUCUUCAUUGAACACCAGGAUAGUGUUGAUUCAGAUUCCGAUGUCAGUAGACAGGACAGUGUCCGAUUAGGCACUCUGCAGACUGACUCAGGCAAGUUGGACCAGGUUAAGAUAGAUACUGUGAAAAUAGAUCCUUUGAAACAACCGAAACCAAUCCUUGGACGGCACAAAUCUGAGGGUAGUGUGAAUUACCAGGAAGACCCUCUCUUGAUCCAUUCUGAGAAUGGUACUUACGAGCGAGAGGAUGCAAAACUCCCAGCAACGUUGUAUCAUUUGGUGGGAUUCUGGGAGGAACUGGCAUCAACAAUGCUCAAUGUGAUAUCAAAGGACAUGAUCUACCCAAGUCCUGCCCUAAGCAUGAAGACAAAGAAAGUCGAGAAGAAGGAGAAGGAAAAAACAAAAGAGAAACGAACAAAGAAAAAACGUGACCUGAAGCCAAUUGUGCGGGGUAACUUGUUUGGAGAAGCAGCGGGUGUACUGUUUGCCGGCACAGCUGGCGCUGAGCGUGAGACAAUGUGCGAACUGUGUGGUGUUAUGUAUCCACAUCCUGUCACCUACCAUAUGCGCCGCUCGCAUCCUGGCUGCGGCCGAUAUGCUGGAGGCAAGGGCUACAAUAGUGGUGGCAACUUCUGUGGUGGAUGGGCCGGUAACUGUGGAGAGGGGGGCUUUGGAGGCAGCAGUUGGUACCUGAUCUGUGAUCGGUGCAGGGAUAAGUACUUGCGUGAACGUCGACAAGCGCAGAAAGACAAAGAGAAAUCACGAAAGUAUAAGAAAAAAAUCUUCGCCAACAAGCAGCAGUCGAACUUGAUUCCUAUGGAAUCUCAUAUAAUUCUUAAAAACAAUGCAAUGUUUCUGUUGGAUUUGGCAAGCGCCGCUGGAAUCAGUCUUCCCUCGCACAGUCACAAAAGAACUCCAAAUAGCCUUAAUCGUUUGGACAUGUUCCUACCGAGUGUCAGUGAAGACAUCGGCACUGACCUCAACCCUUUCCCCAUGGCGCCAUUCCAGUAUUUGACACAGCAAGGUGCUCAGGCUUCUGACUCUGCAUUCGCCGAGGACAUAUUCUUUGACACAGAGGAACGAGUGUUUGUGCGUUCAGGGUCAUUGAGUUUGGCUCAGAAACAGCAGCGCUAUCGUCCUCGGUUACCUACUGAACCACGUCACAGUCCUUUAGCCAGAUCUGGCUCCCUCAGCCAGGAACUUCGACCUCCUUCAAACAUAUCACCUCCAAGCCCUCAGGACCCACUGAGGCACACACAUGAAAGCAAACCAUUACCAAAGAGUGCCGGCACCAGUCCUGAGGCUGAACAAGACCAGAAGACGACGCUGUUUCAACGCAGUAUCUCUGAGGUGGACAGUUGUCUACUUGACCAAGGGGACAAACACUUCAACCGAGUCGUGAUGAGACGGAGAAACAAUAGUGGUGGUGUCUCAGACGGUGGAAUGUCAUUAUUGAAAAACCCAUCAGCAGCAAUGAGUCGGUUGAUCAGCCUUGUUGAUAAAUCAAAGAAUUCUCGGGACAACGGCCACAAUGAGAAAACCUUAAACCGUCCUGUGAUGGCGUUUGUAGUUCAGCGUCAUGACUUGGAUAAUCUGCAGAUUGCCAUGAGACAUGCAUUGAGGAAAGCUAUCUGUAGAGUGUUUGCAAUGCAGGGUUUAAACUGGUUAGUGAGGACCGUCACCCAAGCUACUUGCAUCCACGACCUGCUCUGGUUUUUUGUGUCUUCAUUGUCGCCAACAUAUGAUGAUGACGAGGAAGAGGAAGAAGAGGAAGCUGAGCAGCAAGUGAAAGAGAAGAAAGAAAGAAAAGACCAAGAGGAUGUCCCUCUUUGUGAUCAUCCUCUUGCUGAUGUUGCGAUAGCUGGAGCAGCAGUCCACCCAUUACCUGUCACCUUCCAUACCCUUUUGCAGACAGUUGCCGAUGUUAUGAUGCAUCUCCCUCUUGGCACUAGUCUCCAGCAAAUGGCAGUACGCUGCUACUGUCUGCGUUUCACUCAGGCCGACCACCAGUUUCUACAUGAGAGUCAUGUGUUCAGUAACAUUAGUAGGAUCUUGGUAAAGUCUGACGACGAAGACACAGAAGAUAACAACACUGAAAAUGCUCAGUCAACAAGUAUGCUGAGUCUGUGGAAAGACUUGACUGCAUCAGCUGACAUCAGGGCUUCAAGCCGACAGAGUAUGAUUGCCAGUCUAACAGAUUGUUCAACAGAAACAUUUUGGGAGAGUGGAGAUGAAGAUCGCAACAAGUCUAAAGUUAUUAACGUUGUGUGUACAGCACAGUGCCAUGCACGAUUGAUAGCUGCACAUAUAGAUAACACCAGAGACUUAGCUAAUAAAGUCUCUUUUAUCCAGUUCUUCUGUGGACCUUCAGCUGAGGAGAUGAAUAAAAUACGACAGGUUGAAAUUGAAGCCCGACAUGUUGGUUGGGUGAACUGUUAUUUACCUGAUCAGAAGUGCCGUUACAUGAAGUUGGAGAUGAAGGGGCCCGACAAUAGCCUUCGUCUGCGACAAAUCAAGGUAUUGGGUGAGAUUGAGGGCUGUGACUGUCGCAUAAACAACAUGAAGAAUCCUUUGAAAAUGCAGCAGGAUAAUUGUGAAGCAGAAACCCUAAAAGUCUUUCGUUUAUUAACAUCACAGGUUUUUGGUCGUUUGAUCACAGAUGAUUGCACUGAGGACAAAGUUGAGGAGAAAAAAGUUAGCGAGGUCGAUGGAGGAGAGUCUGGUACAGCACGUGACAACGAUCUCAAAGAACACAUGUUAGGGAUCUUGUUUAGCCGAGGUAGCAAGUUGUCCCAUCUACAAAAACAAGUAUGCUCCCAUAUUGUACAGGCUAUCAAGAAAGAGACCCGACGUGUGAGAGAUGAGUGGGAAGCCAGUUUGUUAAAUCGAUCAUCUACAUCUAUAGAUGGAAGCAGGUCUUCAUCUGAUGUUUACUGCUUCGAACUGCUCUCCAUGGUUCUAGCAUUGAGUGGUUCCUCAGUUGGCAGGAAUUAUUUGGCUCAACAAACAGGACUACUUCAAGACUUAUUCAGCCUCCUCCAUACAGCAUCUCCGCGUGUUCAAAGACAAGUGACAUCAGUCAUCAGAAGAGUACUUCCCGAUGUCCAUCCCCAAGCUUUGGCCGACUUACUUCUCGUGCCAAAUCUACCACCCACAGACUUCAACAUUAUGCACUCGACGAACAAGCCGUCUGUCGAAGAAGAGUUUGAUUCUGAGAAGCCUUGUAUCCUGGAUGUAUUUUUGGCCUGCAUCAGUAAAGCACUGGCUGUCCAGACCAAAGUCAAAAGUAACCAGUUCCAGAAAGGCAUCACCACCGUUACCUUAGCAGAGUGUCUGGCUGAGCACACAUCUAGCAGAGCCACAGGUCCAAGAUGGUGGCUGAGAGGUCACAUGACAAUGUGCCAAGCUGGUAACAUUAUUGCUCUGCUACAAGACAUGGCCAAGGGUCAUUUGUCGGAGGCAUGGGCAAUGGUCAGCAAAGCAGCUAUAGCCGAGGCCUUGUUAUCUUUGACAAAACUUGAUGAGUCAUUGCGGCUUCCACAGGCCUGUAUGAAAACUCCUACACUAUGGUUAGCCUUAGCAUCUCUGUGUGUCCUUGACCAAGACCAUGUUGAACGUUUGUCAUCUGGAGAAUGGCGCAGCAGUCCUGAUAAUCAACGUGGCCCACCCCGUCCUACCUGUGAUAACCAUGAUGAUGGGGAGACCCCUGCCAUCAUACUUUGUAAUAUGUGUGGAAACUUGUGCGCCGAUUGUAACCGUUUUCUCCAUCUCCACCGAAGAACGAGGGCUCACCAGAGACAGGUGUUCAAAGAGGAAGAGGAGGCUAUCAAGGUUGACCUGCAUGAAGGCUGUGGCAGAAUGAAGCUGUUUUGGCUGAUGCUGUUGGCUGAUUCCAAAUCUUUAAAAGCCAUGGUUGAAUUCCGAGAAGGAAAAGUUGGUGCCACUCCUGCAGGUUCUGGAACUUGUCGUUUCUGUGGAACAUCCAGUAAUAACGGCCUCCUUGCCAUCGGUAAUGUCUGUUCAGAUGCUGAAUGCCAGGAACAUGGUCGCAAUGCCUGUACAAAGACCCUUCCCUGUGGUCACACCUGUGGAGGGAUAAAGAAUGAAGAGAGCUGCCUGCCUUGCUUAAACCGGUGCCCUGCCCCCAAUCAACAGAUGCUCAAACAAGAUGCUGACGAUAUGUGUAUGAUUUGUUUUACUGAGGCCCUUUCUGCUGCUCCAGCUUUGCAGUUAAAAUGUGCUCACGUAUUCCACUUGCACUGUACGAAGAACGUCCUCAUCCGAAAGUGGGUUGGACCACGAAUCACAUUUGGAUUCUCACUGUGUCCUAUUUGCAAAGAUACAAUCAACCAUCCUGUGUUGAAAGAUCUGCUGGCACCAAUCCGAGAACUUUAUGAAGAUGUGCGGCGGAAAGCCUUGAUGAGGCUCGAAUAUGAAGGAUUACACAAAGCUGAAGCUAUUACAACUCCAGGUGCUCGUUAUUUCAAUGAUCCAGCCAGCUUUGCUAUGGAACGCUAUGCCUACUACGUAUGUUAUAAAUGUGGCAAGGCUUACUAUGGUGGAGAAGCACGCUGUGAUGAACAAGCUGGUGCUGUUGAUGACUACGACCCCACAGAACUGGUGUGUGGGGCCUGUUCAGAUGUGUCCAGAGCUCAGCUAUGUCCGAAACAUGGAACUGAUUUUCUAGAAUACAAAUGUCGAUAUUGCUGUUCUGUUGCUGUAUUUUUCUGUUUUGGAACGACUCAUUUCUGCAAUACCUGUCACGAUGAUUUCCAAAGAGUUACCAACAUUCCAAAAGCUGAUUUACCAAGAUGUCCUGCUGGUCCCAAAGCUCAAGCAAUGGAGGCAGAUGAGUGUCCUUUAAAUGUCCAACAUCCGCCAACAGGGGAAGAAUUUGCUCUUGGCUGCGGUGUCUGUCGGAACGCUCAUACAUUUUGAAAACCUUCACCUGACCAGCCACAACACGAACACCACCACCCAACACCACCACCUCUGUGCAACUUAGCUGUGUAAUAACCCCUCUCCCUCAUCAUCCCUCCAUCCCCCCCUCUCUCUUUUCCUUCCACUCGGCUCCACUCAUAUUGCAAUGCCACACUCUUUCUAUAUAACAUCAUCAAAACAGUUGUUAGAGCCCCGGGCAAAUUGCAGUGUGGUAUUUAGUGACACCACUUGACUUUUUGAGUUCAAAUCCUGUCGAGGUCUCUGUUGUCUUUCAUUCUUCUGAGGCUACAAAUUCAACUGUCCCCUCCUCCUAAAGUUUCAGGUUCUGUGCUUAUGAUAGAAAUCAUUAUUAUUAUUAUUAUUAUUGAGUGAAAGAGCAGUGCAUGCCAUCAAAGUGACACUGGGGUAAAACAUACGAAGCCCAGUAUACCCAUUGUGACUACCCGUCUGAUAAGGGUACACCAGGCACGUGCAUCACAACCAUAUGUGCAUGACAUGGUGACUUAUUAUUAUUAUUAUUAUUAUCAUCAUUAUUACUGGUAGGUGAUUGGUGCAAUUGUUAGUGGCAGAGACUAAUUAACCAAUUUCUAUAUUUAGUUACUUUCUUGUAGGUUUUGAGUUCUAAUCCUCCUGCCGGAGUCAGCUUUUGUAGUUUAUUCUUCUCAUUUAUAAGCUGCAAGCAAAUUCUAAAGUAGAAGAAGGUUAAGUGAGGGAGGCCAUUGGGAUCAAUUAUAUCCCUCUUCCCCACUAAAUUAUCUGCACUUGUGACUAUAAUAGAGAUUAUUUAUUGUUAUUAAGGUUACGAGCUGCCGGAAUUGUUAACACGUUGGACAAAAUAUUCAGGGGCAUUUCUUCUGGCUUUUAUUGCCUGAGGUCUAUUGUCCCUUUUAACCAUUCUGGGAUGAUAAAAUAAGUACCAGUUGAACACUGGGAUCAGUAUAAUCAACUUACUCCCUCUGUUAAAGUUGCUGGCCUUGUGCCAAAGUUUGAAAGAAUUAUUAUUAUUAUCAUUAAUAAUAAUAUUAUUAUUAUUAUUGUUGUUGCUAUUAAUAUUACUGUUGUUAGAUGCUAGUGAGUCGGGAGAAUUUGUGGAGUGAUGAGAAAAGAAAAAAAAAUUGGGGGGGGGGAGGUAUUUGUUCUGACUCCAGUUCAAUUUCUGCCAGAGCUAACUACUUUGCCCCACCACCAGGGCUGAUAAAAUAAAGCACCAGUCAUUUACUGUUGUUGGGGUUGAUGGAUUCAACCAACCCUUUCCCAUAAAAAUUCCUGGCUUUGUGCCAAAAUCACAAACCAUUAUUGUUAUUAUUAUUAUUAUUAUUAUUAUUAUUAUUAUUAUUAUUAUUACUGUUAUUAAGGCAGCGAGAUGGCUGGAUCAUUAGUGUUGGAACAAAAGUACCUAGUGGUUUUUGUUGCGGCUCUUUACUUUUUGAGUUCAAAUCCAGCCAGGGUCAACUUUGCCUUUCCAGUAUCAAUAAAAUAAAGUACCAGUCAAAAACUGGGGCUGGUGCUAUUGACUUAUCGAAUUGCUGGUCUUGUACCUAAGUUAGAAACAAUUAUUAUUGUUACUAUGGUGAUUUGAUUGAGCAUCAGAAAAAUAAUACCUUGUGGUGCUUAUUCUAGUUUUUUUAUGUUCUGCAUUCGAAUCCCUUUACAGUCAAUUUUGCUGUUCGUCCUUUCAGGGUUAAUGAAAAUAAGAUACCAGUCAAAUACUUGGGUGUUGUGGGGGGAUGGUUGGAGGUGUCAACUGACCACUGCCCCUUCCCCUGAACGUUGCUGACUUUUUUGCUAAAAUUAAAAAUAAUAACAAUGCGAUGUCAUUGAAGUGUGCAGUGUGCAGUGAUGCAGCUGUGAACUGAUUUUUAUUUUGUUAUUUAUGUUUUGUUCAUUUUUUUUCUUGCUUAACUGAAACUGCAUAAUUUGGGUUUCAACUUAUUGAACAUUUUUUAAAAUUAAUCAGUGGAAGAAAUAGGGAGAGGGGCAUAGUGAGAGGACAGGGUAUUAGGGAGAGGAGAAAGGGUUAAAAGGAGAGAAGGGAUAGGGAACUGAGAGGAGUUUAGGGAGAGGCUACAAGUGUUAGAGGAAAAAUGUAUAAUUGACAUUUUUUUAAUACUUCAUUAUUUAUUUGAAAGACAUUUUUUUCUUCUAUUUUAAUCUCCCCCCCACACCCUUCACUCUGACCUUCCUCUUUAUAGGUUGACGUUGUCAGUAGCCCCAUGGUGGGAUAUGAAACAGCUUGUUUUAAAAAUGAAAGCAAAACCAAAAAAAAUAAAAACCAAAAUCAAAAAAAGGCAAAACUUGAAGUCUUGAUUAUGAAAUUAUUGUGCGCAUGUGUGUGUGUGUGUGUGCGUGUGUGUGUGUGUGCAUGUGUGUGUAUCUCACAUUAGCCUUCCUGGAGGUCAUCUGCUGUCAGUUUACCCCCACCACCAGAGGUUGAAAGCAAUCUUGAGUAGAGGAGGGACAUGGAUGUGUGUGUGAUGGUUUGGAGGUUGCUACACCAUCUGCCUCGUGAGACUGAAGUUUUUGAAUAAUAAAUAAAUAAAUGAGAUUAGAUGCUCACUCACACACACACACACACACACACACACACACACACACACACACACACACACACACAAACGAAUAUAUAUAUAUAUAUAUAUACAUACGCCAAUACAUAUACACCUACAUAUAUGUGUGGUGUAAGCAACUGAGGUAAAAGAAAAAAAGUGUGUAUGAUUUGUUUUGUGCCCCUCAUUUCUGAAUUCAAGACCUUCCAAAGGGAAGCAGGGUUAGGCUAGGUUGCUGGAGUGAAGUUUUGGUGGUGUAGGAAUUGUACUUUCUGUUUUUGUCUGUUGCAGCUGGUGGGUGAUGAGUUGAUAAAAAAAAAAAAAGUAAAAGUAAGCUCUAUAAACUUGAUAUGACUAUACACACACACACACACACUCACAGAAGCACCCACAGGCACACACUGGUGUGAGAGGUGUCUGAGUGCUGGUGGUGUUGUUUCCAAUGAUAGUGGCUAUUCUUCUGUCACAAAAUUGGUUAAGUGCAAAAUGUAAAAAAAAAAAACACACCAAAAAACAAAACAAAACAAAA